CAGGCAGUGCUGGACGCUUUGAAGGAGCUAGGCACGAAGCAAAGCGAAGCUUCACGCAAGCUGGCAGACCACACCGUUGAUCACCUUUCCAAUCAGGUCAAGAGCAGCGUCGAUGAGUUCAGGAAGGCGGCGCGCGAGCAGGUGGCCUUUAACCUCGCGGGUUAUAUGGACAACUUUAGUCGCUCGCUCGCCAACGAGGUCAGAGUGCUGAUCAAGGAGGUGGGCGAUCUGCGCGAGGCGCGUCGCUCCAUGCAUUACGAGCUUGCUGAGCUGCUU